CCUGAUGAAAAGCGAGGGGCUGCGCUUCCCCGAGGCCUACGCCGCAGUCCGCGCCGUCAGGCCCGAAGCUAGGAUGAACGCAGGCUUCGCGCGGCAGCUGGAGCUGUACGAGGCCAUGGGGUGCCGGGUGGAUGCGACCAGCGGGCUGUACAAGUGCUACCGCCUACAGCGGCUGGGCCAGCAGCACCCAGAGCUGCAGGACUUGCCCCAAGAAGUCUUUGCAAUUGAUCCAACCAACACUUGUCCAGCUUCAAACAAUGAGGCUCUCUAUAGGUGCAGAAAGUGCAGGCGGUCCCUAUUUCGUAGUUCAAGCAUUCUAACCCAUGCUGAAGGAAGUGGGCCAGCAGCUUUUGCUCACAAGAGGAUUAAAGAUCCUGCUCAGCGACAUCAUGAUGGUCAGGAUAAAUGUACUUCUUACUUCAUUGAGCCGGUACAGUGGAUGGAGCCAGCAUUGUUGGGAGUGAUGGAAGGGCAGCUUCUGUGCCCCAAAUGCACAUUGAAGUUGGGCUCCUUCAAUUGGCAUGGAGAGCAGUGUUCUUGUGGCCGCUGGGUGACUCCUGCCUUCCAGAUUCACAAAAGUCGAGUAGAUGGAAUACAAGCACUGCCUGUUGGUGGAUUCCAGAUUGUCAAAACUUGAAUUCUUGGCUCUGAGGCUUGCUGCUGUCAGCGACUUCAGUGUGCUUUGAGAACAGAGGACUGUUACAGUGGGAUCACCCUCAGCAUCAAGUUGUGAUUGCUGCUCUUUGGCAAAAGCUGAUUUCACCCUCCUGGGAUGCAACUGAAUGACUUUUAACAUUGGCUUAUUGCCAUUCUAGAUCCUUCUUUUUUCUGUUGUUGUUAAAUUCAUGAGAAGAUGCUGGAGCAGUUUUUUAAAUGGACAGUGUCUUGUCAAACAUCAAUUUUUGAUUUAUUCUUCAGUGUUCAAGUAUAUAUGUUCUUAUUGUCUCUGUUAGAAAAAUUAAACUUCUUUACACAGGAGCUAUACAAAUCCUUGUUUCCAAUUGAGUGCUUAGUUUCAAACUGAACAGCAAAGCAGUAUGCAACACUUAUAUUCCAGCAGAGCCAGUCUCCUAAUGAUAGUGAACACAUGAAUCAGUGAGAAAAGGGCUUUGUUAGGAUGGGCUGGAUGAAACUCCCUGGGUGCAUGUAAUUUGUAGACUGUUAUGCUAUAUGAAUUAUUGAGGGGAAAAACAUGUUAAUAAGGUUAAUUUAGAAAAAGAUGUUAUUUGAGACUGCAAGCUCAAGGAUUAACAUGCUGUUAAAAUUCAUCCUUUUGAGACUGAGGUCUUGUAGAAUACCUGCUGGAAGAUUAACCAUGAUUGACCUGCAGAUACAGAGUAAACAAUACAACAUCUGAAAUUGCAGCGGUGUCUUGAGGCUCCUUAGUUGAGGAAGGGGAUUGCCUGGCUUUUGCCCUGGGAUCAAUCAGAUUAUAACAGUAAAGCAUUGCUUCUCUAAGGCUACUCCCAAAUACCCUUUCUGCCAAGAGCUUGUUUAUUGAAGAAUCAUUAGGACCCAUAUGGUUAAAGGCUGCAUGAAAGAGUCAGUGAACUAUCUGAAAGGGAAUUUGUUCUUUAUUACACAGUUUCAUGGCUGAAACAGGGAAUUUGUAGGUAAGGAGGCAGAAAUUCUUGUCUCUUAUUGUGUGAGAGCUGUAUCCUAUCGGUUCGUCUUGCUUCCGGUUCCAGUGCUGCAAGUUUAUCUAGGGCUCACUUAGAUACUGCUGAACCUGGGAUAGCAUUUUUCGGACCUGGAAGGUAGGCUCCAGUUGCUGUAGGAAAAAUGAUCAGGAAGAGACAAUAAAAGGCUUGCAGUGCUUCAUGUUCAUCUUAUGCACAUUCUCAUUUGUAGUUAUAGAAAAAGGGCAGGAAGGGACCUCAGGAGGUAAUCUAGUCCAGUGGUUCUCAGCCUUUUUAGACUUGCAUCAUCCCUUGGAAAAUUUCAACUCUUAGCUUUCACUUGCUUUUUGUCUACAGAAAUAUAACAACAAUUCUUCUGUUGCGAAGAACUCAAAGGUUACAGCAGUUCAGAAUUAUCUUUAACACUGUGGAUUCCUAUUGGAAAUUCCUGGGUUUAUCUUGUGAAUUAUGUUUGCACACCUAAUAGAUCUGAAAGGUCCUCAAGGCACCCCAGUUGAGAAUCGCUGAUCUAGUCCAACCCCCUCCUUGCGGUAUGAUCAUUCCUGUCUAAACCAUUGUAGGCACAUAGUUGUACAAUAUGCUCUUAAAAACUUCUAAAGAUAGAGAUUCCACCAUUUCUCUGGGUAGCAUGGUCCAGUGCAUAAUUGUGCUCAUAGCCAGCCCGAAUUUCUGUUGCUGCAAUUUAAGGGUAUUGCUCCUUGUAGCUGCAGAAAAUAAUUUAUCACCAGCCUUGAGGAAUUUGAAGACUUAUUAAAUCUUGAAGCGUGAAAGCCAAGCCCGUAAUGCAGACAUGUCACCUGAUGGACUCUGGAAACGCAUCAAGUCAGUAGCCUUGGAGACCACUAAGGAGAUUGCUGGGCUCAGUACUAAGAGAAACCUAGACUGGUUUGAUGAAAGUGACACAGACAUCCAAGCCCUGCUUACAAAAAGAUGACCACUCACCAAGCCCUUCUAGCACAGCCAGCUAGCCAAGAGAGAGAGACGGCUUACUGCCAGGCAUGUAAUGCCUUUCAGCGGAAACUGUGAGACAUCCAAAAUGAAUGGUAGACUAAUCUUGUGGAAAUAAUGCAACUAUAUACUGAUAUAGAGACACCAGAAGCUUCUACGAAGCCCUGAAAUUGCAUAUGGCACCACCUAUCUGAUCCAAAGCCCACGGAGGAGCUCUGACAGCCAGACCCUACACGUUGACAAAGAGUUUGUCAUGGACUGAUGGUCUGAGCACUUUUAAACUCUCUUUAGUGCUGAAUGCACAGUACACGAGUCUGCCAUCAACUGAGUAAAGCAGCUGUCUGUUAAGGAGGAACUAAAUGAGUGUCCUACACUGGAAGAAAUCUUCAUCGCUAUCGACCAGAUAAAAAGUAACAAAGCCCCUGGAAUUGAUGGAGUUCCACCUGAAGCCCUGAAAUACGAUGGUCCCACCCUACACUCCAAGCUCCAUGAACUCUUUAUAGUCUGCUGGGAGCAGGGGAAAAUUCCACAAUAUCUGAGUGAUGCUGUAAUCGUCACGAUGUACAAGAAUAAAGGUGACAAGUCAGACUGUUCCAGCUACUGAGGGAUCACCCUUUUGUCCAUCGCUGGGAAGAUUCUACCUAGAAUCCUCCUCAACAGGCUGGUGCCUGCCAUAGCAGAAGUAGCCUUCCUGGAGAGCCAAUGUGGCUUCAGAGCAAACAGAGGCAUGAUAGAUAUGAUAUUUGUGCUCAGACAAAUACAGGAAAAGUGCUGGGAGCAGAACAAGGGGCUGUACAUCACUUCCAUCGACCUUUCUAAGGCGUUUGACACCAUAAGCCAAAAUGGCCUCUGGAAGAUUUUCAACAAGCUUGGAUACCUGCCUAAGUUCCUCACCAGGAUCGGGCAACUCCAUGACGGUGUGGACAAGUCAAGUACAACAGCAACACUCUCUUGGGUUCUUUCCUGAUCUCCAAUGUAGUUAAGCAAGACUGUGUACUCACCCCUACUCUGUUCACCAUUUUCUUCGCCAUGAUGCUGCAGCAAGCACUGGACAAUCUUGGGGAAGGUGAGGUAGGUGUUUUAUAUCCACUUCUGGGCAGACAGAAACCUCUUCAACCUCAGAUGGCUGCAGGCUUACACAAAGACCUGGCAACAGCUCAUCCAUUAACUUUUGUUUGCAGAGGAUUGUGCCCUGGUGGCCCACACCCAACACUUUCUGCAGCAUGUGAUCAUUUGCUUUGCUACUGUAGCGCAACUCUUCGGACUUACCAUUAGCCUGAAGAAGACUGAAGUUCUUCAUCAGCCAGCUCCAUGCCAAGCUUAUGUGCCACCAAAGAUUGUAGCAGAAAGCCCCCUUUUCCUCCUGCCUGCAGUUGCUCUCCCCUCCUUGGAUAUG